CGUGUGCGCCUGCAGCAUCUCCUUGAGUUUCGGUUUCCUCUGCCUAAGCGCCGACUGCCUGCCAGGCCCUGGCCUGCCCAUCCCCCUGCCUCUCUCUCCCGUGCCUGCUUCGGUGUCUUGGAGCUCAUGGCGCAGCGUGAGCGAGACGACAUUGCCGCCGCCGGGGCGACCUGCGACCUGUGCGCGCAGGGGGAGCCGAGCGCGGCGGCAUGGAGCUGCCUCACUUGCUUGAGCUCUCUCUGCGAGGCCCACGCGCGGCCGCACCUGGCACCGGACGGGGAGCCCAGUGGGGCUUUCCGAGGCCACCGUCUGUGCCCAGCCGGGGAGGCGACGGAGGAGUUACGCGUCCUGCGAGAUCUGGAGCGCUGGUGCGCCGAUCACCACGGGCGCCCUUUGGAGCUGUUCUGCGAAGAGUGCGCGCUGUGCGUUUGCGCGCUCUGCCCGGCGUUGGGCCCCCACCGCGGCCACCAAGUCGACCUCAUCGCCCAGGCGGCGCAAGGCAAACAGGAGAUUAUGGCAUCGCAUUUGAAACAGUUGGCACUAAAGAAGAAUCAGGAAAUUGACAACACAAAACAUAUAGAAGAAACUACUAAUGAACUUAAGGCACAUAUAUUAGCAAGUAAAACCUGGUUGGUGGGGAAGUUUGCCGAGCUCCGGAUCCUGUUUGAUGAGGAGGAAACCUUGACCAAAAGAGACAUAGAUGAGAAGGCCCAGCGUGCCCUGAAGGCAUAUGAAGAACAGUCAGAAGCUUGUGAGGGCCGGAUUAGGAUCAUAGACAGCUUCACUGACAGGGUCAGGGAGAUCCAGCUUCAAUCUGACCCCCUUCAUUUACUCAAGUGCUACAGUGCAGUAGAAAAGGAAAUGCUGGAUCAGAGGAUCCCUGCAGAGCAGUUGGUUCCGCAGCCUGUGACAUUUGAACACAUCGUCAACCACUUCCGGUGCUUUGUGGAGAUCAUUCAGUCCAUCUUCCAGAAACCACUCAAGGCUCGCCUCAAGGAAGAUGUUUUCAGCAGCCUUAACAGCACCUUGAAGAAGGACCCCGGUCUGUUGUUGAAAGUGAACUCUUACCUCGAUCGGUCACUCUUCUUGAAACAUGCAAGGUCCCCCACCCUGGAGAUAAACAGUUUGCAUCCUAGGUUGACAUUGUCUGAGGACCGUCUUUCAGUAAGCUGCAGCUGGAGGAGAAGGCUUUACCCCUCGAGCCCACAGAGAUUUGACAGAGUCUGGCAAGUCUUGAGCAGAGAUUCUUUCUUUGCUGGAAGCCAUUACUGGGAGGUGGAUCUGCUUCAGGCUGAGCAAGGGUGGUGGAUUGGAGCAGCUUACCCGUCCAUCAAGAGAAAAGGAGACUCCGAACUUUGCCGGCUGGGCUGGAACCGAGCGUCCUGGUGCAUCAAAAGGUUUGCUUUUGAAUACUGGGCGUUCCACAAUGGAGAAAGAAUCCCCAUUCGGACAGAGGAUGAUCCUGAGCGAGUAGGGGUUUUGCUGGAUUAUGAAGCUGGGAUCCUGUCUUUCUAUAAUGUAACAGGUGGGAUGGCACACUUGCACACAUUCCACUCAAAGUUCACAAAGCCGGUUUAUCCAGCACUGAGAUUGUGGGAAGGGACAAUAACAAUAUGUAAGUUACCUUAAGGCCUGUUGGGACCAGAAUGUAGAGAAGAUCCAUCUUUCUCAUCAGGAUGUAGAACUAUUGCGAUAAGUACUUCAGAUUUUGAACAGAAGAAAAGGAUUGUACUGUACAAUACUGAAUCAUUUUCUGGAUGGCACCACAUCGCUCAAGAUAGCUGUUGGAAUAAUUUUCUAUUGUUACAUUUUUAUGAUGUGAAACACCCACUUUGCAGACCCUUUCAGUCCUGAGAACCAGUGUGGGUCACUGGUUCUGGAUUUGACCGAGAGAUAGCAGUUCAAAUCCCCACCGCUUUCUUGCAGAUCAGGCAUUGAGCUGGCCAGUGUCAGAGCCGUUUUCCCACCUGCCAUGGAAAUUAAAGCCUACCUCACAGGGUUAUCAUGAAGGUUGGAGGCGGAGAGCAAAGGAUAUAAAAUGAUGUUGAAAAAAUACUUGAUUUGAAAAGCUUUCUAAUAUUGAUGUGAUUUAUGGAAACAGUCUCUUCUUAAUCCCGUCUUGUGUGUAUUAAAAUCUCUGGGGAAGGCUUGGACCCUUUGGCUGUAUGCCUGAUUGCACUGACACACUAGGGCCCAAUCCUGCUUGCAGUGGAACUCCUGUACAAAUACUGUUUUUUAAUCUAGAAAAAGCCAUCCUAUGUGCCUUGGAAAAUGUAAAACGAUGAUGUGUGUUGCCUUGGAAUAAUAAUUUACUUAGUAGCCAAUAAAAUCUCUUUGA